CUGGCCCCUACUUGUGCGAUUCAGCCAAGGGAGCUAAUGCUUAACCAGUCCGUGGCGUUCGCAGCCCUGGCCAACGCAAUGGACGAAAUUGUCAACAAGCUGAAGAGCGACAACGCCACCGUGCCCGUGUUGGUGGCCGACAUCGAAAACUCCACGAUCAGCGCGUGCACGCCGAGGCAGCUGAACGACGGGAGCGGGAGAAUGAUCCGACCGGUCCAUCUUCUGGAGAUCCUCGAGGACCUGUCUUACGGCCUGUUCCCCGGGUUGCUGCAUGACUCGCCCGUGCCAUGGAAGUCCCUGACCAAGGAAAAGUUUGCCUGGGCAUGCCUCGUACGGAUGUGGAUAUGGGUGGCACAGUCAGAGGGGGUCACAGAGAGAUAAGCGAGUCACAGGGAAAUGAGUCUUCACGCCGAGUCCUGUCUUGUCUUGUCAUGUGAUGUGAUGUGAUGUGAUGUGUUGUGAUGUGAUGUGUUCUGAUGGGUGUUGCAGGGCUCUCUACUGACCCCCAACCGCGAGAACUCGCAGUCAUUCAACGCCUUCAUGUCGCUGGCCAAGGAAGUGAAGGCUCGCAGAAAAACGGCCGCCAAGGAGGGCAAUCAUGCGUCGAUGCCCAAGAAUGAUAUCGCGGCGUGCAUCGAAAUUGUGGGCUCUACAUGAGACACAGUCGAUCACAGAUUUUGCACACAGCAGACCUUCCCAUUUCUUCUUGUUUUUCCCUCUUUUUCACUGCAUGGCACCACGGUCAGGCCGGGCAACAGAACGUGACAGCGGGCUUUUUGCAGUACCUCUUCUCUCCGCCUCAGCAGACAAACAACACGCGUGGCGCAAAAAAAAUGACCGCCUCCUACAACAUCGCCGUCGCCCAGAAAAAGGACGUCACACCCCCGGUCGUCGACAUAGUGUGGAACGACGUCAGUCAGCUGGUCGCACAGAACAAACCGCUGCCAUCCAUCGUUCAGCUCCUGAAGACUCUGCCGGGCUGGGGUCUCAAGGUGCCGUCCAUGAUGGUGCAGGUCAGGUCAGUCAAUCUGUGAUCACACGCGGGUCACUCGAAUGAGUCGAGUGGGAGAGACACGAGCGGGAGAGACAGAGACACAGCCAAGACUGUGUGACAGACCGCUCUCUUUCCGUGUCUGUGUGUGUGUGUAUGGCCUGUAUGUGCUUGGUGUCUCUCUGUGUCUUUCUGCACAGUUGUUUCUAUACUUUCUCGCGUACUUGAAACCCUCUGCAGAAGAACUUGGAGACGUUCCAGAAGAGGCCAUGAUCAAGCCACCAGCAUGGGUUGACAGAAACCUGCUUAAGAUCACGGGGCACCUGACGGGCGAUUUCGAUAACAACGCCGAGCGUGUCUCCAGGAAUAUGAGCGAGUAAGAAACUAAAUGUAGCGCCAUCUUCGCUAGCGUUGCCUCUCGCGUCGCCCCUUUAUAGUUUUCAUGUCUCUCUGUCUGUCUUGUCUUGUCUUGUCUGUCUUCGUUUGGGUACGUUUGCGUAUUUAGGACUCUGAAGGGUCCGGACGCGAGAGAGACAUACGACCGUUCGACACGCAACGGGACGACCAAGACGUGGAUUCGGCAGAACCUCUGCGUCAAAGGCCUGUGCGAGUCUUGUCCGCUGGGCGUGUCCUUCAUGUCUUUCUACCGACUGAAUGACGGCCUGUCCGUGACGGACCUCGACAAUGUCCAUGACCUCGAGGAGGUGUGCAAUCCGGUGACGAGAAUCUGUGCCAAGCCUGUUCUCCAUCACAAAUUCGCCAACAACAAGAAAGGCAGGAAGAAGAAAGCGAAGCGGGGAGAUGAGGACGAGGAUGAGAACGAGGAUGAGGACGGACAAGGAAAGGAAAAGGAGGAGGCACUCAGACGGCGGGGGACAUAGAGUGAAAUGUCCUACCCAACGAAGCGACCGAUUUGGGCCGAUUCUUCCCUUCUGACCGACCAUCCUCAUGAAAGCCUCCACCGAACCGACACGGCUUAUUGCGGUCAUCCUCCCCUAUAACCGCACCGAAAACCGACACCGAAUGGUUGAAUGAUGUGUUUUUCUGACUGUUUCAGGCUACCUGCUGGCUGGAUUAAAAGAAAAAUCCCCAUUUCCGCCACGCAGUAAUCAUAAAUGGCGUCUCUUGACUGAAAAUGUCUCUUUUCUGUCUGUUUUCCAAGUAAAUCCUCUCAGAUCCUACCUGAUGAGAGCACCGAAACCGACAGGUUUUCGGAGAGAGGGGGGAGGACAGGUAAAAACCGACCGACCGGGAGGGGUUGAUAGCGUGUCCUAGGAUACCUUGUCGGUUUUCCCUUCAUGUCCCCCGCCGUGCACUCAGCUCGCCCCCAGCCCCGAAAAGAAGGAAAAGGUGACUGUACUUUGCUGGCUGAAUUUUGCUUCUGACCGAAUUUUACCCCCGAAAGAAGCAAAAUUAAGUGAUACGCAGGAGGGCGGAACAAAAAUACGUGAGUCACGUAUGUUGUGAACGAAUGGACAGAUCGACG